GGGUUCUAGUGAGCGCUUUCUCUCAGUCUUUGAAUGCUGAGAACACAUUUGACCAAAAGAUAGACUCAAACUACACUUGUCUUUCAAGGAAUUUCUAUUAUUAUUUUUAAUAUUAUCCUAUUUUUAAAAGUAUCCGGAUGAGCGACAUCACUAAUGAGAGACUUUUUAGGGCAACAGGAUUGUAAUAUUUUUAAAAUUUAAUUGGGAAGUGCAAAUAAGAUGGCAGAGAAGGAGGGGAGUGUUGUAGGGGACAGUCUGGGGGCUAAAGGAGCGUCUGGAGGUCCCGCGCCGGGAGGCGGCGGCGUGGUGGUGCAGGUUCGGGAGAAAAAGGGACCCCUGAGGGCCGCUAUACCAACAAUGCCUUUCCCUUUGGCGGUUAUAUGCCUCUUUCUCAACACCUUUAUACCUGGAUUAGGUACCUUCAUCUCGGCUUUCACGGUGCUGUGCGGCACCCACAGCGAGCUGGUGGCCGAGCGCGGCGUCUGCUGCGUCUUCUGGCUCAACGUGGCGGCCGCCCUCAUCCAGAUCGCCACGGCCGUCAUCAUGGUGGGCUGGAUCAUGAGCAUCUUCUGGGGCAUGGAUAUGGUCAUCCUGGCAAUUUCUGACGGUAGGUUGUAUUUUUUUUCCCCCUUGGAGUUCCAUUCAUUUGAAAUUGAUGCUACCUGAAGAGAUUGGUGAUAAACAAAUAACAGCUAGCGCCCAAUUCUACGCUUUAACUGCUUUUCCGACAUUGAUGUAGGUGGUAAUGUGCAUGCCGAAGCAACAGGGGGCGCUAUAACUCCUAACAGGCCGUUUUUUGAUACUCGCAUCUAAGACAUAGUGCAAGUUUUUUUGCAUGUAUUUUUGAAUAAACUUUUGGGGGUAAUUGUCGAGAAUGUCACACCCAGACACUUUCAUGUCAAGGUUUUUAUUCCAGAAUUGUGUCUGAGUGUGAUUUUGGUGGAAAACUUAUAAUAAUCAUUGUGGAAACAGCUAAAAAAAAAAAAAAAAAAUCACGACUGUCUGCCAUUGACGGUGCUAGACGUCCAAUUCACUUGAUUGAAUGUUCAUUCGCUGCCCACCCUCCCAGUUCAAAUGAAUUGGUCAUCUACUAGCGACGUAUUCAUUUUAAUUCACAACAGAUGUACAACAACCUACUAGUUGAUUGGACGUAUAUCAUCGUCAACAGCACUGAAAGAGUUAAAAGGUUUCACUAUAUUACAAAUAUCAUAUGAGUGCGACAGAUUUUUUUAAGCGGCAAACAUGCCUCAUGGCUUCUUUAACAAUUUGCACAUAUUUUAGGAUUAGUGCUGCAACGAUUGAUCGAUUAACUCGAGUAAUUCAAUUAGAAAAAAAGUUUCGAAUUAAUUUAGCUGCUUUGAGGAUUCGUUUAAUUAAAGUUCCAUUGUAAUGGUUUGUUUUUAAAGUGUUUGCAUUUAGUUUUAUUGAUUUGGGUGGAUAAAAUACCCUCUAGUUGCAACAAUGAAUAUGACAUAACUUAUUUCACAUGGCUGAAUCCAGCUGCUCCCUGUUCAAACCAACAUAAGCUAAGUUUUUGUUUGAGCUGAUGUUUUUUUUAAUUUGUAAUUUGUAAUUUAGUUUAUGGAUAUAUUACGCCGUUUUUUUUUAUGGGAAUAUGUGUUUGAACCACUGGUUAAGAUCACUGUUAAAAAAAAAAAAAAAAAGUUAGCAUUUAUAGCAUUUAAGCUAGCGGACUUUUGCUAUGUAAGUUAGCCAAUUCUUUUGUUGUACUUAGAUUCUCUCUUUUUUUUUUUUUUUGAUACCGUUUGAGGCUCAGCUCAGGUAUUUUAAUUUUUUAUGUUCCUUCCUUAUCCUAACUAGUUUAUCGAUAAAUCGACUACUCAAAUAAUCGAUAGCUGCAGCCCUAUUUAGGAUUUUCAAUUUCGUCAUAGUUGAGCAAGAAAAAUGCGUUAACUAGCCAAUACUGAUGAAAUUUCGUUUAGUGUCAUCAAAUAAUUUAGCAUCUAUCUUUGCAGUUUUGGAAAACUAGGACAGUAAAAAUCUAAUUAUUCAUUUUUGAUGGAAUUGUUAACAUUGUUUUUUUUUUUUUAGAGAAUAACAAUAAUACAGCAACUUUGGCAGUAACAAAAAUAUAAAAAUUGUGAUCUUACAUUUGUAAAACUCCUAUUGAAGUGAAGUAAUAAGAUUAUAGAGCCACACUGGUGCCGAGGUAGGGAAGGAAAAAAAAAUCAUAUGUAAUUUGUAUGUACCAUUUAGUAAUCUUUCGGUACACUGUGAGUACAAAUUAGUAAAUUGUACCCUCAGUUAAAAAUCUGUAUUCAUAAAUUACUUAACUGUGAGUACAGAUCAGUGGUGAUUGCUCUACAACUGCAAGGGAAGCUCAGCUUUCCCCAAAAUGUCAAAAGAAAAGUAUCAAAUGUAUUGACUAAACAACUGGAAGUACCCCGUCCGCCAUUGCUGAGGUGUGCCGCCCGUAGCCAACAGCAGCUAAUGUUACUGUUUGCAUUGACUGACGCUGUGCAAACACCACAGCAAUGGCGGCCAACCACUAGAGGGUGACGUAUACAAAUCUUUACUAGGAUUAGUCCAUACUGUUGUGUGUCAGCGUGGUUUUUGCAGCCCUUUUAAUUUUCGUCUUAGUCUUUUAAUACAUAUACAUAAUACAUAUUAGUCAUAUUUUGGUAAUCUCAAAAUGUGUCCUUGUCUAGUUUUUUUUUUUUUUUUUUACAAAAACUCAAGACUAAUUUCGUUUGGUUUUAGAUGACGUUUACGAAAAAUGUUUUCAUCUGUAAACUUAAAAAAAAAAAAUCCCUCCAAAAAUAAAGAAAUAAAGGUUUCCAACUAUUUCGAAUGAAUAUUGCCAGACGAACUAUAAUAGACUGUACCAACAGUUAAGGAAUAUGUACCCAAAGACUUCAAAACUGUAGUUUUAAGAAUAUUAAACUAUGCGUACAGAUUUUUAAAAAACACUUUAUUUUUCUACCAUGACACCAGGGGGCUCCGUACAAAAUUGCCCAUUAACUAAAAAAACCAGUAAAUCAUUGUUGCUAGCAAGAAUAUUUAAAACAAAAAUUGGUAAAAUAAAACUUACAUAAAUCUUCCAUAUACUGUGUAAUUUCCAUAACUACAUUCCAGGAAAAUUCUCUAAAAAGUGAGCACAAAAAACCCUAAACUUUUCAUACCUUAAACAUUUUUUCCUUCCACAUUCAGGCUACAGAGACCAGAACGUUCCGCAGGACGUUUGAGAGAACUCCACGCGGUGGGCUAAUGGGGCACCUUGAGCCUAAAACGAGAUGGCGACAUUUUCUCCUAUAAACAGAAGACACCAAACAACUUCUACAACAAGGGAGUAAAAGAAAAGACGGGAACGGUCUGCCAAAACGUUAGCGAGCUAGCCGCGUCAUGCUAGCCUUGAGGCUAAACAGAGGAGACAAAGAAACGCGUGUUUUUCUCUUUAUGUUAAAUUAUAUCUACUACAUCAGUGUUACCCAAACUUUUUCUGGGCUUAUUGCUACAUGUACUGUACCUGUGCUCUUUUGUUUUUUGGGUUCAUGAAUUUUGUUCAGAAUGUGAAAACAAACAGUGGCUGAUAAAACACGCAACAAUUUUUUUUUUAAAUUUUGGAUUUAACAUGUUUUCGUAAUACUGUUCAACAGUGUUAGCUGUACAGUCUAAUUUAGCAGCAUGACAUUUUUGUAGCGGUAAAACAGGCGUUUUGUGUUAUUUAGGUAGAUAAAAGUAAGUCUUCCAGUUUGGUUCGAAACAACCAUUUUAAGGUUGUUUUGGCUGUAAUUACUUCAUCCAUAAAUUCAGCUUCUGUAAACAAAUUAAAUUAUAUUUGGUAAGUACAGUGCUGGCCAAAAGUAUUGGCACCCCUGCAAUUCUGUCAGAUAAUGCUCAAUUUCUCCCAGAAAAUGAUUGCAAUUACAAAUGCUUUAGUAGUAAUAUCUUCAUUGAUUUUGCUUGCAAUGAAAAAACACAAAAGAGAAUGGGAAAAAAAUUUAAUCAUGAUCAUUUUAUACAAAACUCAAAAAAUGGGCCGGACAAAAGUAUUGGCACCCUUUGAAAAAGCAUGUUAUGUUUCUCUAAUUUGUGUAAUUAACAGCACCUGGUACUUACCUGUGGCACUAAUCCGCACUUGGAGCCAGUUAAAAUGGAUUAAAGUUGACUCAACCUCUGUCCUGUGUCCUCAUUGAGCAUGGAAAAAAGAAAGAAGACCAAAGAACUGUCUGAAGACUUGAGAAGCAAAAUUGUGAGGAAAAAUGGGCUACAAGUCCAUCUCCAAAGACCUGAAAGUUCCUGUGUCUACCGUGCGCAGUGGCAUCUAUAAGUGUAAAGCCCAUGACACUGUGGCUAACCUCCCUAGAUGUGGACGGAAAAGAAAAAUUGUAAAAAAACACAAACGACAAUGGGGAAAAAAAUUAAAUCGUUAUCAUUUUACACAAAACUCCGAAAAUAGGCUGGACAAAAGUACGACAACCUUUGAAAAAUCAUGUGAUGCUUCUCUAAUUUGUGUAAUUAACACCACCUGUUACUUAUCUGUGGCACAAAACAGGCGGUGGCAAUAACUAAAUCACACUUGGAGCCAGUUAAAAUGGAUUAACGUUGACUCAACCUCUGUCCUGUAUCCUUGUGUGUAGCAUAUUGAACACGGAGAAAAGAAAGAAGACCAGAGAACUGUCUGAGGACUUGAGAAGCAAAAUUGUGAGGAAAAAUGGGCAGUCUCUAGGCUACAAGUCCAUCUCCAAAGACCUGAAUGUUCCUGUGUCUACCGUGCGCAGUGUCAUCAAUAAGUGUAAAGCCCGUGGCACUGUGUCUAACCUCCCUAGAUGUGGACAGAAAAGAAAAAUUGACGAGAGAUUUCAACGAAAGAUUGUGCGGAUGGUGGAUAAAGAAACUCGACUAACAUCCAAACAAGUUCAAGCGGUCCUGCAGUCCGAGGGUACAACAGUGUCAACCCGUACUAUCCGUCGGCGUCUGAAUGAAAAGGGGCUCUACUGUAGGAUACCCAGGAAGACCCCACUUCUGACCAAGAGACAUAAAAAAGCUAGUGUGGAGUUUGCCAAAACAUACCUGAGAAAGCCCAAAACGUUUAUGAAGAAUGUUCUCUGGUCAGAUGAGACAAAAGUAGAGCUCAUGGAGAAAAAGCAUCAACAUGGGGUUCACAGGGGAAAAAACGAGGCCAUCAAAGAAAAGAACACAGUCCCACAGUCAAACAUGGCAGAGGCUCCCUGAUGUUUUGGGGUUGCUUUGCUGACUCUGGCAUUGGACUGCUUGACCUUGUGCAUGGCAUUAUGAAGUCUGAAGACUACCAACAAAUUUUGCAGCAUAAUGUCGGGCCCAGAGUGAGAAACCUGGGUCUCCCUCAGAGGCAUGGCUCUUCUUGCAGGAAAAAUGACCCCCAAAAAACUUCAAAAAGCACUAGAAAAUGGUUUGAGAGAAAGCACCGGAGACUUCUUAAGUGGCCAGCAAUGAGUCCAGACCUGAAUCCCAUAGUUUGGAGUUUGAAGUUUGGAGAAAGUACCCUUCAAAUCUCAGAGAUCUUGAGCAGUUGACCAAAGAAGAAUGGUCUAAAAUUUCAGCAGAGCAUUGGAAGAAACUCAUUGAUGGAUACCGGAAGCCUUUGUCGGCAAUUAUUUUGUCUAAAGGUUGCGCUACCAAGUCUUAGGCUGAGGGUGCCAAUACUUUUGUCCGGCCAAUUUUUGGAGUUUGGUGUAAAAUGAUUUUAAAAAAAUUUUCAUUCUUUUGUGUUUUUUCAUUGCAAGCAAAAUGAAUGAAGAUAUUACUAGCAAAGCAUUUGUAAUUGCAAUUAUUUCAGCAGGGGUGCCAAUACUUUCGGCCAGCACUGUAUGUUUAUAAAGGGCUUAAAGUCUUAAAAAGAAAUGCUUGAGAAGACACGUGAAGUCUUCCUUUUUGGCUGCAAUCCUCCGUUUGGGUGUCAUUUUUUUUUCAGAGGUCCUUCAAAAACAACCUACUACAGAUUUGGUCCAAAAUGCCACAAAAUACAACACAGAUGGUCGACACUAAGUUAUGAAGAAUUUGAGUUUUUGCCAUGCUGCGUAGGCAGAGCGUGGCACAGGCGAAAACUUGACAAAGUUUAACUUUGAAAGAAAACCCCCCACUAAUUCUUACCAAAAAAAGGAUUCUAUUGUAGUUACUGGUGCUGUUGUUUUGCUGGUUAAAGAACGGACAUCCUGAAAUGUUCUAGCAUGCUUAUUUUGUUGUUUUUUUGGUACUGUAAAUAAACACAAAGUUAAGAUGACUUCUGUGACACUUAAUGUUGACAUUAAAACAAUUCAUGGGAAA